CAGCCGCGGAAAAUUUCACUGCACCUCGACUUUUUUCGCCGGAAAAAUAAAUAAGGAGUGAAUGUGAAAAUAAUGGCAAAAGUUCAUUUAUUCCGUGUAACUCACCGUUUAAAUAGCACAGCGUUACUUUCAAAUGCAUCAUUGAGGACAACAAAUCAAAUUCAGCAGCGAAGAUGGGCUUCAGAAGUGACUGUGGUUGCUUUUCCAUCUCUGAGGAGGGAGACAACAAGUCGAGCAAUGAAGGCGUACGUUGAGAGAGCCCGGGAGCAUGAGGAAUUCAUGAAAAAUCAGCGAAUUGAGUAUGAUAUUGGGAAGAGGCAUCUGGCCAAUAUGAUGGGAGAAGAUCCUGAGACUUUCACGCAAGAAGACGUGGAUAAUGCCAUUGAGUAUCUCUUCCCAUCGGGAUUGCAUUCAAAGAAAGCCCGUCCAAUGAUGAAGCCACCGGAAGAGGUAUUUCCAGCAAGGAAAGCAGCUGAAUUCGAUGAGACAGGACGUCCGUAUCACAGCAUGUUCUUCACUGGAAGGCCGAACUUUUUUAAAACUCUCUACGACAUUGCUGAAAAUAUCGAACAACUGAAUGCGUAUGAGGAUCAAAUGAUCCGGAAGCGCGUUGAAGUAGAUCCAAAUCUCAAAUUGGACCUGUCGUCAUCUAUGUGGCUGCCAAAGGAAGAACUGGAGGAUAUUUUGGUGGAGAAAAUAUUGGAUCUUGAGUACACAAACUUCAUCAAUGCAAUGAAUCGUCUUUUGGAGCUUCCCUACUCCUACCGCGUUCGGGACUUUAUUGAGAAGUUUAGGAAACCCCUCUCCAUUAAAGCCAGCACCCAAGACAUCCCACAGCCACAGGUGGAUUCAAAUGGGCGACAAUUUGUCACAAUAUCCAAUUGUCCGAGAAAGAUGGCACGUGCUGAGGUGACGGUGAGAAAACCAGGUGCGGGAGCUAUCUCAAUAAAUGGCAGUGACAUCAAAUAUUUCUCCAGUGAUCAAUGCCGCGAACAGGUGAUCUUCCCGCUGCUCUUCACUGAUACCCUGGGCAAGGUAGACGUGGAGGCAACUGUUGCAGGUGGGGGACCAUCAGGACAAGCUGGAGCAAUCCGUUUGGGCAUUUCUCUUGCACUCCGGAGCUUCUUGAGUCCUGAAAUUGUGGAAGAAAUGCGACUUGCUGGACUUCUACAGAUUGACUAUCGCACACGAGAGCGGAAGAAACCAGGUCAGGAGGGAGCUCGGCGCAAGUUCACUUGGAAGAAGCGAUAGACUCUUGUAUACAAUUAAAGUUUUUUUUUGUAUAUCUUCAAGUGGAGAUUGAAGGAAUAUAGUUAAUAGUCUCUAUAUAAAA